GCUGAGAUCUUCUCUUCUCUGUGAGUUUAUCUGACCUCGCUUCACUUCUCAGAGUAUACGAGCCUCAGGUAAUCCUCUAUGAUUCUGAAGCCAUACCUCUUUCCAAUUGAAUCUCUCACACUGCAGGACAAUUUCAAAUCUCGACCUACUUUUUUCCUCUUCGCGAAAUCUCGACCUACUUUUUUCCUCAACGCAAUUGAAGCGGGUUUCAACCUCAAACUACACCAAUCCCCUCGACGACGACGAUUGGGGCGACUUCAUGAACCAUUCCAAACAGAUCAACGAAAAACCCUUCGACUCGUUCGGGGUUCCCACGGAUCCCAAGGGAGCUAUUUUGCUUUCGAUCUUCGGCGAGGAAGAGGGAAAAGAAGAGGAGAAACCCGCUUCUGGCAAUGUUUUCUCCAACGGCGAUGGUGGUGCAGUGAAAAGGGGAUCCAGUUCGAACGGGUCUGUUGGAAUCAGUGAUUUGAUUUCCAGUUUGUAUAAUCAGCAGCACCCUCAGGUGGAUUCUCAUAACAACAAAUCGGUUUCGGUAUCCAAUGUUGCUGCUCCCAAUCUGACGUACUCGAACGAAAGCAAAUUGAAUUCAGAUGAGGAUGAAGAUGGAAGGGAAUUCAAGUCUACGGAGUGGGAAACUGGAACCAAGAGCCAGGAUGUUAAGGCUGAAACACCAAAGCAUGAUAAUGGUGCUCUUGAUGUUGGUAUUGUGUUGGAUUCAUCCAAUGAGAUUUAGACAAAGCUGGCAGAUGGCACGUGGAGUUUGAAUUCAGUCCACAUUCUGCAUCGCAAGAUCAUAUUAACCCACAACCAAGUCCAGAAAGUGAAUCAAAUGACAUUGGAACUGGGUUUGCCAUGUUCAGUCAAAAUUUUGGAGAGUUUAGUUCAGGGUCAGGGCCAAAUCAAAAUUUGAAACUAGAAAUGGAUGACGGUGGCUACUACUCAACAACAACCUAUUUGAGCAGUUCAAUCGAGCAAGUGAUGAGGCCCAAAUCACCAUUGCCUGGCCUUGUUGAUUUUCAUGGGAAGUGGAAGCAAAUGGUUAAGAUUCAGGUUUUGGAGAGAGAGAUUGGUUUGCUUCAGAAAAACUGCCCCUACGUGAUCACCAUAGAAACCACAUGCACAUGGGGAGCUGAAACCUCGAACAUUGUGAGCUUAAGGUUUGGGGACACAAACUAAAAUGUCAUAUUGGUGAGGCACCUAAACUCCAAGCACCUAAGGAAAGUUGAUCCAUUGGAACCAGAGGUUCUCGAUGACAUGCCAAGAAAACCAUUCCAAGCAUGCAUGGUGGACCAAUUUGAGGUCACAACACCAUGUGUAAACUCCCCAAUUUGUUACUUGUACCUCAAGCUAAUUGGAAACGAUGAUUGGAGACCAGGUUUUGCACAAAUUCAGGUGCUUGAAGGCUCACAUCUUAACUCCGAUUACUUCUAUUUUAGAAGAUAGAUUCCAGAAAGCCAUGAGUGUUGAUGCCAUCACUUUCUUCUUGUGAGUGCAAGCACUCCAUGUGUCCAACAACCAUGAUUUGAAGCCCUCAGCUGCAUAACAAAAAAUUUCUACUAUUAAGCACUAAAAAGUGGACAGACAUAUGAAGUUUCCAGCAAUUAAAUGGGUUGUCUAGCUUAAAUGGGUUGCUCGUGUUAUGUCUAAUUUAUUUGCAGGAACUGGACUCAAAGGCCAGAGAUUUUAACGCACACUGUCCAUGUUUAAUUGCCAUGGAAAUUAAAUUCUCACAACUGUAUAUUACUUUUUUUUAAAGAGCUCUACAUUACUAUUUUUGUAAAAGAUAUGUAUACUAUAGAUUUGCCACAACUAACAAAGCAAGUAUUAUUAUUUAAAUUUCAUAUACAAACCAUAUUAAUACAUAAAAUAAGAGUUUGGUGACAAUGAGAAAAUAAUUUACCUGGCAAGGGUUUGGCUGC